UUUGAAAGACUUCAUUAGCAAAGACUACAUUUGAACGCAUGAGACACAUGUAUGAUGUAUCAUGCUUUGUUGAAAGUAUUCAAAAGAAGGAUGAUGGAUUUUCAAUAAUUUGCAAAGUUUUGGACCAAUUGAAUUUUCACUCAAAACCAAAGAGUUUAGAAGAAGCACAAGCUAUGAUGAAAGAUUUAUUGAUGAGCAAAAAGUUCAUGUUGGUGCUAGAUGAUGUGAAGGAUAAGAGUCAUAUCAAUGAUGUAGUACUUAUGGAUGUUUUACAUUCUAAUAAAGGUAGCAUACUAAUUGUGAAAACUCGAAAUAAUGGCAAAUCAUUCUUCUUUGAAAAUACCAAUUUAAGUAGAUGCUUAAGCUUGACAAGCUUUCCAAAUGAAUUGAAAAAUCUAUCUUCUUUAACAACAUUUUAUUUGAAUUGUUGUUCAUGUUUGAUCAGCUUGCCAAAUGGAUUUGUAAAUCUUUCUUCUUUGACAACUCUUGACUUGAGUGAUUGGUCAAGCUUGACAUGCUUGCCAAAUGAAGUGGCAAAUCUUUCUUCUUUGAUAAUACUUGAUUUGAGUGAUUUCUUAAGUUUGAUAAGCUUGCCAAAUGAAAUUCUAGAUCUUUCUUCUCUGGCAACAUUUGAUUUAAGUGGUUGCUCAAGUUAGACAAGCUUGCCAAUUGAAAUUGCAAAUCUUUCUUCUUUGACAAUCCUUAAUUUUUGUAAUUGCCUAAACUUGAGAAAUAUUGCUCAAAAUAUUAUCUCACAUUAGAAGUAUUCAAAUGCUACAAAAAACAAUAAGUACAAAAAUAAAAGAAGACAAACAAAAAAAAAUCCACUUGAAUUUGUAACUUCAUUGAAAUAAAAAACUUUCAUAUCACAUCAUGCCUUUCAUAUCACAUCACGCCUUUUAUGUCACAUCAUGCCUUUCAUAUCACAUCAUGCCUUUCAUAUCACAUCAUGUCUUUUAUGUCACAUCAUGUUUUUCAUAUCACAUCAUGUCUUUCAUAUCACAUCACAUCUUUUAUAUCACAUCAUAUCUUUUAUAUCACAUCACUCAUUUCAUAAAACCAAAGAAUCCAAGCGACAACCAAUCUAUCAAUUAUGGAAGAUUUAUAGAGAAGCUCCAUUCAAUACAUCAUUUCUAAACAUCAUUCAACUUAGAAGGCAACAUGUGGAUUAAUUAAAAUAAGUAAGAAGACGUUAGAUAUAAGAAUCAGAAACCAAUACAUAGAUAUGGCUUUAGUAGCACCACAUUAUAAUUGUGUAAAUAUGUGGAGUAAAUAAUGGAGCUUAACUUCUAAAAACAAAUGAAAAAACUUACAAUAUUCAAAACAAAGUGGCAAAGGAAAGAAGAAGAAGAGGUAGAGAGUAAACAUAUAACAUGGUGUAGAUAAGAUAUUUGUAUUAUUGACACAUACGAAUAGAUAGUUAGAACCAUGGAAGUUUCUAAAAUUAGAAUUAGAUUAGUGGAUCAAGUAAGAUCCAUUGUAGAUCCUUCUAGAAUAAGCUUAGGAUAGUUACCUAGAUAGUAUCUAUUAUAGAACCUUUUAAAAAAAUCUCAGUGUUGUUACCUAGCUGAGGCCUACUAAGGAAUUUUCUAGAAGGAAUUUAAGGUAGUUAUCUAAGUGGAGUCCAUCAUUUAGGAACAUUCUAAAAAGUCUAGGGUGGUAGAACAAAAUAUAAAUAAGACUAGCUAAGGCCUUUUGAGACAUUUGGUUAAAUAUGGCU